CAAAAUCAGAGCAACCAAACAGUAACACUACACUUUGAGAAGUGUGAGAAAUGAGAAUAAUAAGUUGCCAUGGAUAUUCACUUCGUUUACUAUCGUCGCUGUGCGUGGCUUCAAUCUUCGUCGUUAUGAUUCUCUCAAGCCAUUUCUGUGAGCUCAUGAGAACGUUCUACGCUAAUUCCAAGUCCACCGAGUACUCAGUUCCAAUGCUUGAGUUACAGCAAAAGCUCACCACCACUCACGAUCAUGUCACACCUCUCCGUUCCGAUUCUACCACUACUACUACUGCUUUCAACCUCAACCGAACCGUACCAAGAAUAAUUAGAAAGAAAGCGAAACUGAGCGGAGAGAAAGAGCUUGAACUAGGAUUAGCGCGAGCACGAGCUUCGAUUCGAAGAGCCACCGCAGCUUCAAAGCGCAACAGCUCUGCAAAGUCCCUCAACGCCACCGGUUUCGUCCCCUCCGAUCGUGUUUAUCGUAACCCCGCCGCUUUUUACCAGAGCUACAUGGAGAUGGAGAGAAGAUUCAAAGUUCACGUGUACACAGAAGGCGAGCCACCGAUAGCCCACGAUGGACCAUGCAAAGACAUCUAUAGCAUGGAAGGGAGGUUCAUCCAUGAGAUGGAGCAAGGAGCCGUGGCUAAGAGGUUCAAGACCAAGGAUCCACAAAGGGCCCAUGUUCACUUCAUGCCCUUCAGCGUGACUUGGAUGGUCAGAUACCUUUACACACCUCUCUCUCACGACAUAGCCCCAUUAAGGUGGUUUGUCUCUGAUUAUGUCAGACUCGUUUCUACCAAGUACCCGUUUUGGAAUAGAACCCGUGGUGCUGACCACUUCAUGCUUGCUUGUCAUGAUUGGGGUCCCCAUGCAUCAAAGGGUAACCCUUUCCUCUACAACACAUCCAUCCGAGUCCUUUGCAAUGCCAACACCUCCGAAGGUUUCAACCCCCAAAAAGACGUUAGCCUCCCAGAAAUACACCUCUAUGGUGGCAAUGUAUCCCCCAAACUACUCACUCCCCCACCAGACAAUGCCUCACGUCCCUAUCUUGCUUUCUUUGCCGGCGGAAUCCACGGCCCGAUCCGACCCAUAUUACUAAACCAUUGGAAAAACCGUGACAAUGUUCUGCGUGUCUAUGAGUACCUGUCCAAAGACUUGGACUACGACUCCUUUAUGCUUCAGUCUAAGUUCUGUCUAUGCCCUAGUGGGCAUGAAGUGGCCAGCCCAAGAAUUGUGGAAGCCAUUUAUGCCGAAUGUGUGCCUGUGAUUUUGUCACAGAAUUAUGUGUUGCCCUUCAGUGAUGUAUUGAAGUGGGAGGAAUUUUCGAUUCAGGUUGAUGUGUCGGAUAUCCCAAGACUGAAGAAUGUGUUGAGGGCAGUUCCGGAAGAGAAGUAUAGGAGGCUUAAGGAGGGAUUAAGGGUUGUGAGGAGGCAUUUUGUGUUGAACCAGCCACCUAAAAGAUUUGAUGUUUUUCAUAUGAUUUUACACUCUGUAUGGCUUAGGAGAUUAAAUGUAAAACUUGACUAG